AUGCUGGAGCAGCUCUGGGCACACCCCAGUUACUCAUUUGGACUCAUUGGGACAAGUGACUAACUAGAAUCCUCACUGAAGAAAUGACAAGAAAGCUCCCUCCGAUUUCUCAACCUCCAUCCCACCUGAUACCACACACUCCUAAUACACCCCACCCUCCUAAUACACCCCGCCCUCCUAAUACACCCCGCCCUCCUAAUACACCCCGCCCUCCUAAUACACCCCGCCCUCCUAAUACAGCCCGCCCUCCUAAUCCAACCCGCUCUCCUAAGUCAACCCGCUCUCCUAAGUCAACUUGCUCUCCUAAGCCAAUCCACUUACCCCCUAUUUCUCUUCAGCCUGAAAGCCCUCUUUCUCCUCUCCAGAAGUAUAUAGAUUUUUCAGUUUUCUGCUCUAACUGCUAUCCCACUGUGGCUCAGGCCCACAUUCCCCACUACCCUACCCUAAAACUCUUCCUGCCCUGCUCUUCUGUUCUUCGUUACGCACCAUCUAUUUGCCAAUGCCAUAGCCCCAGGACUCCUUCCUAUGGCUCCUCUAACGAUUCCCCUACUUAUCCUUCCAGCCCUGCUUCCCAAUGCCAUAGCCCCAGAACUCCUUCCUAUGGCUCCUCUAGCUCUUCCUCUACUCCUCCUUCUCGCCCGGCUUCCCAAAGCCGUGGUCCCAGAACUCCUUCCAAUGGCUCCCCUAGCUCUUCCCAUACUCCUCCUCCUCGCCCUGCUUCCCAAAGCCGAAGCCCCAGAACUCCUUCCCGUCACUCCUCUAGCUCUUCCUCU